AGCGACCUGCAAUAAUGAUCAUCUAUCUUUUAGUAAACACAGUCCUUCAGACAGCUCACUUGGCUCUAAUAGAAACAGAGGAGACUGUGUGGGCAGCAGUGGGUGAUCAAGCCUCUUUAAGCUGUCAGCUCACUGAGGAUAAAGACGUCCUCCAAGUCACCUGGCAGAAACUCCUCCGAGAUGGACAGAAGAAUCUGGCCACCUACACCAAGAAAUAUGGUUACAGAGUGAAAGUUGAACUGAUAGAGAAGAUGGAUUUUCAGUGUGAAGAUCUUCAGAGCUGCUCCAUGGUGAUCAGGAAGGUGAUGGAGGAGGAUGAAGGCUGCUACCAAUGUCUGUUUAACACCUAUCCUAAAGGAGCCCUGAUAGGCAGGACCUGCCUCAGACUCUAUGAGCUGCAUGAUCCUGUCCUUGAUGUGAGGAGAUUAAAUGUUUCUGCAGAGUCAGUUGUGUCCUGUUCAGCCACAGGUCGACCUGCUCCCACUGUAACACUGACUGUUCUACAGCAGAACCUCAGCUUCUCCCACUACAACAGCAGCAGUGUGACCCACAGCAACGGUACAGUCACCGUCACCACCACAGCUCUGCUGUCAGCUUCCAGCAGCACACAGGUUGGAUGUUCAGUGUCAGUGCUCUCUGCUGCUCCCAGAGAGAAGCUGAUCACCGUUCCUGGAUUUAAAGGAACAUCUGAUGAUGGUUUGGAUGACUCUGAUUAUGACGUUAAACGAUGGAGUUUCAUUUUUGCAGUUUUUUUGUGUGGAGCUUUAGCAGCUUUAAUCUCCAUGUUCCUCCGUAGAAGGAAGAAGCAGAACAGGAAGCUUCCAAUGGAACAAAAACCCGAAGAACAAACCAAUAAUAUUCAGACUGAGGAACAGAUUCUGCCGCAACAGAGAACUGAGAAGUCGACUUGUGUUCUGAUCAACAGACAAACCAGCAAAUCUCCGCCAAUAACACCAAGAACACCCGAUGUAGAAAACAUGGCAUCUGAAGCUUUUACUUUUCAUGAAAAACUAAAAAGAAAAAAAUCCUCAUAGGAUUAAAGAAGCUUG